AAAAAUAAAAAUAAAAUCUAUAAAAAAAUCCAACAAAAAAGGGUUUCCCAAAAGAAAAGAAAAUAUCUAUACUUCUUAUCUUGAAUCUCCAUUCUAAAUUCCCUAACGGCCUUACACUCUUUUCAAAAUGCAGAUUCCGUUGCCGGCUCGAGCUCCGACGCUGCUGUCGCGGCGGAGGCUCUUCGAGCAGAAGCUCUCGGACCUCCACAAAUGCACCGACCUCAGCGAGCUCAAACAGCUCCACGCGCUCAUAUACAAAUCCAAUCUUCACGGAGACCUCUUCGUCGCGCCCAAACUCAUCUCCGCCUUCUCCCUGUGCCGCGAAAUGGGGCUAGCCCUCACCGUAUUCGAUCAAGUUCCCAACCCUAAUGCACAUCUCUGCAACACCUUGAUUAAGGCGUAUGUUCGGAAUUCCGACCCCGAGAAGGCGUUUGAAAUUUUCUACAGAAUGCAAGCUUCGGGAAUCACUCCGGAUAACUACACCUAUCUUUUCCUUCUCAAGGCUCACUCCGGGUUGAAAUUCGUCAAAGUAAUCCACGCCUAUGUGGAAAAAUGGAAUCUUUACUCGGAUUUGUUCAUGCCCAAUUCGUUGAUCGACGCGUACUCCAAGUACGGAUUGACGGGCGUUGAGGCCGCGAAAUCCCUAUUUGAUGGGAUGGAGGAGCGGGAUUUGGUUACAUAUAACUCGAUGAUAAGUGGGCUGGUGAAGGCGGGCCAGUUGAAGGAGGCGCAGAAACUGUUCGACGAAAUGCCUCACAGAGACAGAGUAAGCUGGAACGCUAUUCUUGAUGGGUAUGUCAAGGCUGGGGAAAUGAUCACUGCGUUUGAGGUCUUCGAGAAGAUGCCGUCAAGGGAUGUUGUGUCGUGGUCUACUGUGAUCUCCGGUUAUGCUAAAAUGGGCGACAUUGAGAUGGCUAAGGUUCUGUUUGACAAAAUGCCGGAAAAAAACUUGGUUACUUGGACUAUAAUGAUAUCUGGAUGUGCAGAGAAGGGGCUCGUGAGGGAAGCUCUCGCCCUCUACGAUCAACUCGAGAGAGAGAAUAUCGAGCCAGACGACACCACAUUCGUCAGUAUCUUAUGCGCGAGUGCUCAAUCCGGGAUGCUGAGUUUAGGGAAGAAAAUCCACAACACAAUCAUCAAAAGCCGCUACAGAUGCUGCACCGUGAUAAGCAAUGCUUUGAUCGACAUGUAUUGCAAGUGUGGGAGCUUGAACAGGGCGUGGCGAUGCUUCAACGAGAUGGAGAGGAAGGAUCUUGUUUCUUGGAACACGAUGAUCCAUGGCCUGGCCAUGCACGGCCAUGGCAAGAAGGCGCUUCAUCUCUUCGAUAGGAUGAAGGUGGAGAGGUUUGCACCGGACAAUGUGACCUUCGUGGGCGUCCUCUCUGCUUGCAACCAUUCUGGCUUGGUCGAGGAUGGGAUCCGUUACUUCUACAGCAUGGAGAGCGGCUACAACGUUGCCCCUCAGAUCGAGCAUUAUGGCUGCAUGAUCGACCUCUUGGGGCGUGGGGGGCGCCUCAACGAGGCGCUGAGGCUUCUGAACUGCAUGCCUUUUGAGCCAAAUGUGGUUAUCUGGUGCUCCCUUUUAGGGGCUUGCCGAAUGCAUAAUGCCCUGCAGUUGGCAGAGGAGGUGCUUGAGGAGUUGGUGAAGCUGGAUCCGGCGAAUGCAGAGAGGUACUCCGUGCUGUCGAAUGUGUACGCCGCUGGUGGAGAUUGGGGGAGUGCCGCGGAUGCAAGGCUGCGGAUGUGGAAGACGGCCAGCAAGACGCCCCCCGGGGCUAGCUCGAUAGAGUUGGAUGGGGAGUUUCAUGAAUUCACAGUGAUGGAUACUAGUCAUCCUAAAUCAGAAAGUAUUUACCAGACUGUAAAUGGGCUAACUCAGCAUCUUAGAAAAGUUGCUCUUGCUCCAACUUAGAAAUUUGGUUGCAUAUAUAUACCAUUGAAGUUGCUUUCUAUGAUAAUAGGAUUCAUGUAAACUAUUUCCUGAAUGUGAUAUUUUGAGGUUUGGCACAUGACAAAUAUAUAUAUACUGGGAGUUUGAAAGUUGUAACAUAUUUAGAUGAUAUAUUUGUAGGGUUGUAGAUGGCAAAGGCAGCAUGUUUGCUGUAUUUAUGAAAUAUGAAAUACUCUUUUUUCUGCCAA